CUACAAGACACUUGCAUAGUGUUCAGUAUUGUGGUAUUUGCUAUCGCCCUAUCCUCAACUUAUGUAUUCCAAGCUGGUUUGAUGAUUAUUUUGAUCAAAAAAUUUCUUCAUACACUUAUCAUUUCCGUAGCCUACCUCUUCAUUACCAUAGCACUUCACUGUUUAACAUUGCAACAAUAUUGGCAUACGCCACAGAAAAACUGGUCCACCGCAGUUUACGUACUUUAUAUCAUUCAAAGAACUGGCUCAGUAUUUUACUACUUUUCGUAUAAACGAACUGCCCUUCUCCUUUCGGAUUCUAAAUAUCAUACUGACUCCGAAUGGAUUCGAACUCAAGUCAGAAACAAAAUGUAA